ACACACAUGACACAUAUAUAAAAACAAUCCAUAUAUAUAUAUACCUCUGAGAUCAUCAUCAAACAACAACAACAUUGUCAACUGUUUCAUCCAAACCCUAUACUUUAAUUAAAUUAAUAAUAGAUAAAAACAAACAAAAAUGAGCAAGAAAUCUGCAAAAUCAGUUGUUCAGCAAAAACAACAACAUACGAACAACACACAUUUAUCUCCUUUUAAACUUGCCAAAUUGUUUGACCCAGAUGCUUCUUGGGACAAGGACCAAUUAGGAGAUGUACUUCAUUGGAUUCGGCAAAUAGUGGCCCUUAUAUGCGGGUUACUUUGGGGUGCAAUUCCUUUAGUUGGUGGUAUCUGGCUUGUUGCAUUUUUGCUUAUUUCUUCCGGUAUCAUCUAUGGCUAUUAUGCAAUCAUACUCAAGGUUGAUGAAGAUGAACUUGGUGGUCAUGGAGCUCUUCUCCAGGAGGGCCUUUUCGCUUCAGUCACACUCUUUCUGCUAGCAUGGACUCUAGUAUACAGCUUGGCACACUUCUGAUUCCUCCAGAUUGUUGGAGUGUCUGUAAUCUCCUCAUCUUCUGAAUUUGGAUCAUUCUGAAAAGUUCAUUUGCAUGAGGCAGACUUUGUUUGAAAGAUCAAAUCUGAAGUUUUAGUAUUCCCAUUGAUGAACUUCAAAAUUUUGAUUUCCUUGAUUGUGCAAUAUUAGGUGGAUUGAACUCAUCACCAUUUCUUAGACAAUUACAUUACUUUUAUUGAACUCUACUUAGUUUCCCCUUCAAAUUAUUAGUAACAAGUUUUUUUUCUUCAUAUCAUUGUAUUAUAGUAGAAGUGGGAAAUUGGGUUGAAUUAAAUAACAGAUCAGAAGGGUUUGAGACACCAUUUCUCGGGUCUGGACGUCUGGUUGACAUGGAACUUUUAUUCCAAAAUCUUUGUUACUUGUAAUAGUUAGCUUGUGAGAUAUGAUUAUAAAAGUUAUGCUUAAUAAUUAUUUAGUUUCUUGAA